GCGCUUAUCGAUUUCAGCGUCUGCAGCUUGUUGAUUUUACUGUUUUGUUGUUUUCGUUUGCUCUGUGUCGUCAGCUGAUGUGUGAAAAUGGUUGAGCAGAGUGCCAAAGAUUAUGCGAGAAUCAUACAAACUGCCGAUUUGGAUAGAGAAGUUAACCCACUGUGCAACAACAUCGAAGACAUGCUCGCCCGACUAGACGAGUUCGAAACUGUUUUGGCUUCGGUGCGAGCGGAAUCCAACAGCAUUAUGGCCAAUCAUGUGAGUAGCAUUCUUAACUUCAGCGAUAACUUUGGCGAGCUGCGCAAUCGCAUCGACAAAUUGGAACGAUUUGUGGCCAAAGUUAACGAGAAUCUCAACGAAGUCGAGAGCUCAGUUGAUGUUGCUGAGCGGGAGCUCAAUGUCACCGAAUACAGUCUAAAGGGUCUGCUGCUCAAGCCACUGAAAGCCAAAUUAUCCGCUGCAGAUACGCUGGGAGCACAGCCAUCCAGUAAUCUGAUUGAUGGCGAAUUUCAAGCGGUUCCCAUCUAUAAGUCUGACGAAUACUUUGGCACAGCCGAUGCCAGCGUCAGCACAUCAUCUUCAUAAGUGAUUUCAAAGCCAAUAUAUGUAUGUUUAUUACGUACUUUUAGUGUAAGUGUGCAAUUAGAAAAAAAUGCUCUUCUAUCAAAUUCA